UUAAUGCACUUCCAGUGCGCUACAUGAGAAAGAUGGCUGUGUCCCAGCAGCAGGUUUCUGUGGCUUUCUCUGCUACUGGUGUGUUGGGACCAGGCUCAGCCGGUGGCCCAGGUACCCAGCAGCAACUGCAACCAUCUACACAACUGGUGGGAUUUGCCCAAAGCAGGCUUUUGCGGCAGCAGCAACAGGACUUCGACCCUGUGCAGCGCUAUAAGAUGCUUAUCCCACAGCUGAAGGAGAGUCUUCAGACUUUAAUGAAGGUUGCAGCCCAGAACUUGAAUCAGAACACUAACAUUGACAACGGACAAAAAAGCAGUGAUGGACCCAUACAGUGCUUUGACACGUGUCUGGAGGAGUUUUAUGCCCUCUGUGACCAGCUGGAGCAUUGCCUGCGCCUGAUACAUGAAUGCCUAUCACAGAGUUGCGACAGUGCCAAGCACUCUCCCCUGCUGGUGCCCACAGCCGCCAAACCAGAUGCUGUACAACCUGAUAGUCAGCCCUGCCCUCAGUACCUGGUACUCAUCAAAGCCCGGGUUGCCUGUGCCAAGGACAUUCACACUGCUCUGCUGGACUCUGACAAGGUUAUGGGGAAGACUCCUGCACCACCUACAGGUCCUGGGGGUGCCCUGUGAGGUGGCAGAGCUGGGCGUCGGGUAGGCUGUGAAGGAGAAGGAUAGGGAAGGAAUAAAGAGGGGCUUCAAAGCAAAAAAGAAAAAAAAGAAGGGGACAGGACCACGGGGCACACAUGCCUACACACAACCCCCUGUGAAAGGGACUGGUUUAAGAAGAUGAAGGAAAAGAAUGAGAAAGAGAAAAACACAGGUACAGAGAGAAAAAAUGAAUUACGUUUCUAUCAGUAAUAACUCUCAAUGUAAAUGGACUAAAUGCCCCAAUCAAAAGACACAGGGUAGCUGAAUGGAUAAGAAAACAUAACCCACACAUAAUGCUUCCUACAAGAGACCCACCUCAGAACAAGAGACCUACACAGAUAGAAAGUAAAGGGAUGGAAAAAAAUAUUCCAAGCAUAUGGUCAAGAGAAAAAGGCCGGGGUUGCCAUACUUGUAUCAGACAAAGUAGAUUUCAAAACAAAGGCCAUAAAAAGAGACCUGGAGGGACACUUUAUACUACUUAAAGGAAGAAUCCAUCAAGAAGACAUAAAUAUUAUAAACUUAUAGCACCCAACAUAGGAGCACCCAAAUACAUAAGGAAAAUCUUGGACGACUUCAAAAAAAGAUACAGCAACACACUGAUAGUAGGGGAUUUAUAACACCCCACUGUCAAAAAAGGACAGAACUUCCAAACAAAACAUCAAAAAGGAUAUUGUGGAGCUGAAUAACUCAUUAAAUCAAAUGGACUUAACUGACAUAUAUAGAACCUUACAUCGCAAAGAAGAAAAAUACACAUUCUUUUCAAAGGCUCAUGGCAGUUUUUCAAAGAUAG